UGCAGUUAUUUUCGUAAAAGUAGAAUAAGGUCUUGAGCAUAAUGGGAAUUUCCUUACGGAGUGUUAAUGUAAGGAUACCAAAUGAGACAACGAGACUUAUUAUAAUGGCUUUUGCUGGAGUUAUUUUUGGCUUUUUUUUAGGAGCCUCCUUUCCAACAGUUUCAUUGACUAAGAUGAAUCUCCCAUCAACCCUAUUCCCUUCCAUGGAUCUUACAUAUAUCGAGGACAAAUAUUCCGGCCUUUCAACCCAAGAACUAUUUAAUGCUUUGAGCACUCUCAGGGCUAAUAGGGACACCUCAACGUAUUCAUACAAUUAUACCAAGAAAAAGGUGAAUCCCCUUUGUUUUGAUUAUCUAUGCAGCAUUACGAUUCAGGAACUUAGACUGUAGGCUUCCCCCGUCCUG